UAUGUAGUAAUGCAGUACUACGACCAUUAUUAUUGCCGCCUGCAAGUCACAUCAACUACUGCGCCUGCACCCUGCACCUCAGCUGCGCUUCUCCAGACUCCCCCUGCGCUGAACCGUCCCGGGCACAAACAAGCUGAAGCCAGGGUCGAAUUCACCUCGAUAUCCAUUGCAUCAGUGGCCCUUUUAUCAACUCCAGGCUCUAUACUCCUAGCUUGAACCCGAUCUCUUGACCCCCUGAACAGACCGUCAUCGAUUGCCUUCAGACCCUGCCGGACUGCAUACACGAAGUCUCCUCCCCGAUGUCAACCUUUUAGCUUCUCGUCGACCCUCUCUCUGAGCCCUGCCAGUGUCGUCGUCUACAACAAUAGCACCUUUACUAGCCGCGGACCAGAGCGCAGAUCACUUUCUAUUCUGUCAUAGUAGUCCUUCAGUCCGGGACCCAGCAGCCUUCAGUGACCAAUCAACACAUACUUCGGUUAUCUAUCCGAAGACAUCUACUACGCGCUGCUACAUUGUGUGUGCGGUCUGACUGCAUGUCCUGGAGUCGAGGCUGACUGGCGUCCAUCCAUUCCUACCUCCAUUUGCACAAGACCAUGACGAAGUGGUGCUGUCGACAUCUUGCAAGCGUUGUUCAAAGCAGUCCCCGGUGUGCUGCGUAGGACUCAACCUGCGCUCCAUUGCCGGAGAAGCUGCUCUUGGGCCUGAAGAGGAGAAAUAGCUAUGCCGGCUUGUCACGCAAUGCGCGAACGACAUACGGCAAUGGUGUUGCUAUGACCGAGCUCGUUAACGGUCCUACGCAGUCAAGAUCCAAUCGUUCUUUGAGUGCAACGAUGUUGGUCUCAGACGAUCUGCACACAUCUGUGUCGUUGGUAUGUGCACAUCCACGUGAAGGCAGGCAUGUUCGCCCAUGGAAGCAGAUCAGCAACCAGUACACGUGUUGAUGAGCAGGCGAUCUCCCUUGGUGAUCAAGUUGAUCAACAUACCAGGGCCUCGAUGAGAUGAACAAGGCUGAAGUUCCUGAUUUGCUCCCAUUUCUUUGGCAGAGAUAUCCCUCUGCCUCGGUGGACGAAAAAAGAACCGGCUCCCCGAGGUGCACGAGGCUCAAAAAAUACAGAGUCUUCUUGCUCGAAUUGCCAGGGGUCUUCAGGGGUUGUCCACAGUUUGUCAAUUCCAUCCACCUCUUCGCGGGGAUGAAGAGCAUGCUGGAGCACCAAAUUGCCCACCCAUCCCCUCCAUAGCCGAUCCACGGUUCUCCUUGGGAGGAUAUGGAUUCAUGGACCUAUUUCCGGCUCCCGCUGCUCUUUGAUGUCUAUCCACCUCCGGGUAAGGACAAGUACACAAUCAUUAACACGAAUGUACAGUUUUCUGGCAGUCCAGACAAUUGCACUGCACUAUCAAAGUCAGCCGUGGGUGCGUGGCUCUGAGCUAUGUGCAAACAGACCUUUACCGCACAGCUGCAGCGUACGAGGAACACCUUUGUUGAAUCAAGCGAUGCGUCGACGACGCCGAGACCUCCUUCUGGCGCUGAUGACGUUACCUAGCCGGUUCGAUAAUGGAUGCCGCACACCUAGGCAUUGCGCCUGGAAAAUUCGUCUCCUCCAACCCAAGCUCCCUCCUUGCCGGGGACUUAUGAGCGGCGCGUCAUGGCGUGGACUAGAUGAAGGAGGAAAGGGCAGGUCUUGCCUGCAGAGAAGACACUGACGAUAUUGCCACACAAUUGAAAGACCCAAAAUGGGCCGCAUGUCUUGACGAUUAUGGGGAGUGUUACCGCAUGACAACCAGCCUCCAGACGGGCACCAUAUAACGCUACUACUUCUCUUACAUACAGUGCUUGCAGUACUUGGUACCUGGAAGUUGGGACAAAUGUCUAUUCGUAACAAGGGCAGCGAUCGGGAUGGCGAGCCUGCUUAUUUGUUAUUUUGGCACCCGUUCUCCAAGCAUUCGAUGUCCAGUCUUGUCUGUGCAAUUGGACAGCCCCGAGGGACAUACUACCUCACUGGCAGCAGUUAUGCCAAUCCGCAACCGUGCUUGCUGUGUAGGUUGGUUGGCCGGGUAGAAGAAACGGAAACUACCUAGGUACCUGAGCAGGCAAGCAACCAACCGAGCAGUUGUAGCCUGGGUGAGGUUGCGCUUCUCCCAUAUAAAUGUAUCUUUCUGAGGUUGCGCCGGCAAUAGUAGCAGGACGGGGUGGAAGACGAAAGACGAUGACAUGGCAAAAGGAUUGGCAAAAGGAUAGCAUGAGGAUAUGACCAUGACCCGAAUGGAAAUGGAAUUAAAUUCAAUCCA